AUGCAAGCCCGAGGAUACCGUGGCUCUCGGGCGCUUAGUGGCCGUCAGGACGCCAGGGGGCGGGGCGGGGCGGGCGAGGCAGGGCCGCGCGCGCCACGUCGAGCGCGCCGCCGCCUGGGCCCUCCCUUCCUGAGGGGCCUAGCCGCGCCCCCGCAGUGGGUGGGGCGGAGGCGCUUUCUCGUGCGCGCGCGGGCACAAGAUGCGGCAGAGCGCGCGCGGCGGCGGCCUUCCCGUGAAUUUCCGGGUGUGUUUAUUUUCAUGCGCGUGGCCGCGACGUCCCAGCUGGGCCCGCAGGCGGGUUUUGAAAGCUCCGCGGUCCUGAGGCGGAGAGGCUCCCUUUAUUUCUGUGCGGAAGGAGUAAGGGGGCCGACCGUGAGGAGUCUGAGGGGGUCAGCGACCCGCGAGGACAUGAAGUAG